AUGCAGACAGCAAGCAUCAAGGCAUACUCAUCCAGUCACUGGACGACGGAUGACCCCACAUUAUGCCAAGCUUCAAUUGUCGGCGCAGCCGGAGAGACGGGCACCUCCAUUAUCCACGGCCUUCUCGAGUCGUCCACCACGCAAUUUGAAAUCACGGCUCUCACGCGGCCAUCCUCGCUCACCAAGACAAAGAAUGUCGAGCUCGAGAGACGGGGUGUGAAGCUGGUCGCGGCCGACUUUGCCGGCCCGGAAGCUGAGCUGGUCAGGCUGCUGGACGGCAUCGAGGCCGUCGUUGUGGCGGUCGACCCGCACAACUUUGGCCUCCAGAUCCCGCUGGCUAACGCGGCCAAGGCGGCCGGCGUGCAGCGCUUCGUUCCCUGCACGUUUGCCACCGUGGCGCCGCCAAAGGGAGUGAUGCAGCUGCGGGAGAUGAAAGAAGACGUGAUCAACCACAUGAAGAAAAUCUAUCUGCCCUACACCGUCAUCGACGUCGGCUGGUGGUUCCAACUUUCGAUCCCAUCGCUGCCGUCCGGCCGCACGCAGUAUGCCAUCUCGAUGUCGGGCGAUGUCAUUGCCGGCGACGGCACCGUUCGGUCUGCCCUGACAGACAUGCGCGACGUUGGGCGGUAUGCUGCCCGCAUCAUCGCGGACGCGCGGACGCUGAACCGGAUGGUGUUUGCGUACGGCGAGGUCCGGUCACAGAACGACGUCUUUGGCCUGCUGGAGAAGAUCAGCGGCGAGACCAUUGAGCGCACCCAUGCAAACGUCUGGCAGAUUUCGGAAGCUGCCAUCCUGGCCAACAUCGAGAAGGCCCAAGCCUCGAGCGACCCCAAGUCGGCCCAGACGCUGUGGCUCGCGCAGUACAUGCAUUCAUGGGGCAUCCGUGGUGACAACACGCCAGAACAUGCCCGCUAUCUGGGCUAUCUGGACGGUAAGGAGCUGUAUCCGGACUUCCAGGCAGGCACCCUGGAGGCUUUUCUCACCGAAAUCCUCGAUGGCCGGGCGAGAGCUGUGUACAACAUGGAGGCCAACGGCAACGACAGCUCGCCUCUUCCUGUGCCGUACUCGGUCUUCUCUCGACGAACGCGCACAUUCCUUACCUACCUCCUCGGCGUCAUCACUGUCUUGUCCACGCUCACGUCCACGAUCUACUUCCCGCUGCUGCCUUUGCUGAGCCGCCAGCUGAAGGUCUCGGCCCAGGCCAUCAACUUGACUGUCACGGCCUAUUCCGUGGCCCAGGCCGUCUCACCCGCCUUUUUUGCCUCGCUGGCCGACGCUCGUGGCCGUCGUCCGAUUCUUCUCAUGCUCGUCGGCCUCUAUGCAGCCGCCAGUCUCGGUCUCGUGUUCGCUCAGCGACAGCGCAGCUAUGCCGCCCUGCUGGUCCUACGUGUCGUCCAAAGUCUCGGCGGCUCGCCGCUGCCAGCCUUGGCCUACGGCAUCGUGGCCGACGUCGCCCUGCCGGCCGAGCGCGGCCGCUUGUUAGGUCCGCUGCAGUCGACGUGCAAUGCCAUCUCAGCCGUUGGGCCGGUUGUCGGCGGUGCCGUUGCCCGCGUCACAGCUGGCGCCCUCUGGGUCUUUGUCUUGCUGGCUGUCCUGGCUGCCGCGCUGCUGCUGCUGGCCGGCCUCAGCUUGCCGGAGACAGCCCGCAGCAUUGUCGGCAACGGGAGCGAACAGCCGGUCAGCGUGUGGUGGCGGACACCGUGGCGUCCAGCCAACGCGAUCACAUCGUUUCGCAUCUUGUUUUACCCUGAUGCUGCGGCUGUGCUCUGGACCGUGGCCGCUCCAUAUGCGGUCUACUACACGAUGCAGGUGGCCAUUCCGACCAUCUUUGCCGACAUCUAUGGCUACGAUGAGCUCCAGAUCGGCCUCGUCUUUUUGCCUGGUCUCGCUGGCAUGACCAUAGGCGGACUUGUCGCCGGCAGACUGGUCGACCGCAACUACGCCAAGAUGGCCAGCGAGCAUGGCAUCGAGAUCGAGAUGACAAUCGACCGCAGCCAAGCGCAGGCCGAGCUCAUGCACUUUCCUAUUGAGGCCGCUCGCUACCGCCAUGCUCUCGUCUUCGUCGUCGUCAUGGCUGUCCUCGUUUGCGGCUAUGGCUGGGCCGUCCAGGUCCGGGUCCAUCCGGCCGUGCUGCUGGUGCUCCAGGCACUGAUCUGUGCCAGCUCGAUGCUGCUCGGCCACACGGCCAGCACCCUGCUCGUCGACAUCUUCCCCGGCGAGGCCAGCUCGGCCUACGCCGCGGGCCAGAUCGUGCGCUGUGGUCUCGGCGCCGCCUCGGCCGCCGUGCUGCAGCCGCUCGUCCAGGCUAUGGGCUACGGAUGGUACUUUGUCAGCUUGGCCGCCGUCGUCGGCCUGGCCGCGGCGCUGUCGGUCGUCGUCAGUCGGUGGAAAGGAAUGGCGUGGCGGCAGAGACGCGGUGGAAAUGGUGGACGAGAUGAGCGAGAGGACGGUUUGCCGUCGGAGGAAGUGAAAGUAUGCAUUUCACGACAAACGCCGGAAACGGCAACAUCCCGCCGUCAGUCCCUCGACCACUCUCGACCACCCGACAAGACCAAGGACGGAAUGGAAGCCCACGCACCCAACACAGCCCAGCACCUGGUCGACACGGCGCGGGGGCAGUAUCUGGUUCAGGUGUCGUGGCCGCUGGACUGGACGGCGGACGGAAAUCCGAAUGGGACGAGCAUCGACAACGUCCCCGUCAUCUACUGUGUCGAUGGCAACGUCUUCUUCUUCACGGCGACUGACAUUGUGCGCCGGCUGCAGUACUUUGCCGACAAGCGGGCCAUUGUCGUGGGCAUCGGCUAUCCCCUCCGCCAUGCCGUCUAUGCAGACCGGCGGAAGGCGGACCUGACGCCGCCGAGCCUGGUGCGGCAGCCGGAGGACGUGCUCGGACGUGACGGUCGGCCGCUGCCGGAUGUGCACCACGGCGAGGCCGAAGCCUUUCUCGACGUCCUCGUGGAGGUGAUCGUGCCGUUUGUCGCCGUGCAUGUCCUGCCGGCCGUGCCGCUGUGCCGCCUGCGCCAGGUGCUCUUUGGCCACUCGUUUGGCGGCCUGUUUGCGCUCUACGCCCUCUUCACGCGGCCGCACCGCUUCGACACCGUCGUGGCCGCCAGCCCGUCCAUCUGGUGGAACGGCGCCAGCAUCGUGCACGAACAGGAGCGCGCCUUUCGCGACGGUCCUGCGCCGGCCCGGAAACCACACCUCUACCUCACCUACGGCACCUACGAGCAGCACCCGCCCCGACGGCCGGCCGACUCGGACGAGCAGUACGAGCAGCGCAAACAGCUGGCCGCCGGCUAUCGCAUGGUCGACAACACCGUCGAGAUGAAGAACCGACUGCAGACCAGCAACCGGCUCGAGACCGUCUGGAUGCAGGAGUUUACCACCGAGGACCACGGCGGCGCCUCCGUGACCGGCCUGCAGCGUGGCAUCAUGAGACUUCUCGGCGAGUUCUAG